AUGUGCGAAAAACAAUUAAAACUACACAUUGUUUUAAUAGUAAUAGAUUUAUUGUUAAAAGGACACUUUUGUGUUGAUGAAAGUCUAUUAUUUACCGUAACACGAGCUCCGAGAUAUUUCGGGAUCUUACAAGAUCACCGUGGACAGCCUCUCUCUGUCGAGAUAUCUGAAGAAUAUAUGGAUCAGGAUUAUAUAGCUACAAAUAGAAAGCGACAUAAAAUUGACUGGAAUAAGAAUCCGCUCGACAUAGACGAUUUUGAUGAUGAUGAAACAGAUGAAAUAAUUGACGAGAAAGAUAAAGAUGUCAAAUUACCAAACAAAUUUAACUUACAAUCAGGACCCGUAUGA